UACUAGCAAAUUUUACAUAUGGGACUAUCUGACCACUGAAGCUCAGAAUCCGUUUAUGAUGGCGCUCAAACACUCCUUUAUCCCUUCUUCAACUCCUUGUACAUUAAAGUUCAAUCACUGUCACCCUUUGAGAAUUGGAAAAAAUCUCAUAUCUUUUAGACCCUUCUCUCAAUCAUUCUUCCCUUCUUUCUCCAACUCUUGCAUUACUCAUUCUACACCUUCCAACCUUUUCCUUUCUCUUCUUGAAGAAUCUGAAGAAGAAGAAGAAGAAGUAGUAGAUGAGGAAGAAGAAGAACUUAUUAUUUCAGAUACCCAACAGCUAAAACAACCAAACAAUGACCCAAUUCACCGGUUCUUCCAGACCCGGAUAACAAACCAAGAAUCCGACCCGGACCCAGGUCGUCAAGGCAAAUUAUCUCUUCAAACAAACCGUAAAACAUCUUGGCAUCUUGCUUCUAUCACUAGUUCAAUUGAAGACGAUGAAAACGAGGUCGAAUACAUUCAAGAAUCACUACUUAACACACUUCCAAGUACUAGAAUUGAAGGUAUUGUUUGUGAAAUAGUAGCGAAAGCUAAGAGCUUACAGGAAAAUGUGACGUUAGGUGAAGUAUUAGGUGAAUUUGAAGGGAGAGUUGGAUUAAAAGACUGUGAGGAAGUAUUGGGUUUGUUGGGAAAUGAAGGUUUGGUUAUUGAUUGUUUGUAUUUCUUUGAAUGGAUGGGGCUUAAUGAGCCUUCAUUGAUCACACCUCGUGCUUAUACGAUUUUGUUUCCAAUACUUGGGAGAGCUGGUAUGAGCAAGGAGUUAUUAGUUUUGUUUAAGAACUUGCCUAAUCGAAAGGCGUUCAGGGAUGUCCAUGUUUAUAAUGCUGCUAUUUCCGGGCUGUUAUGUUGUCGAAGGUAUGAUGAUGCUUGGGAAGUUUAUGAGUCCAUGGAAACAAAUUCUGUCCAACCAGACCAUGUGACAAGUUCCAUUAUGAUUACAAUAAUGAGGAAACGGGGAAAGAGUGCCAAAGAAGCUUGGGAGUUAUUCGAAAAGAUGAACAAAGAAGGUGUGAAGUGGAGCUUGGAAGUAGCAGGUGCUCUAAUUAAAUCCUUUUGUGAGGAAGGCCUGAAGAAGGAAGCUUUAAUUAUCCAGCUGGAAAUGGAGAAAAGGGGAAUAUCUUCCAAUGCCAUUGUCUAUAAUACUUUGAUGCAUGCUUACUGUAAGUCUAACCAAAUUGAAGAAGCUGAAGGUCUCUUUGCUGAUAUGAAGAGGAAAAGAAUUGCACCUACCUCGGCUACUUAUAAUAGUUUGAUGGAUGCAUACAGUAGGAGACUCCAGCCCGAUGUUGUUGAGAAGCUGCUACAGGAAAUGGAAGAUGCUGGUUUGGAGCCAAAUGUGAAAUCAUAUACGUGCCUGAUUAGUGCCUAUGGAAGACUGAAGAAAAUGAGUGACUUGGCUGCAAAUGCAUUCUUGAGGAUGAAAAAGGUUGGUAUAAAACCAAAUUCUUACUCAUAUACAGCUCUUAUCCAUGCAUAUUCAAUCAGUGGGUGGCAUGAUAAAGCUUAUACAGCUUUCGAGAAUAUGCAAAGGGAGGGAAUAAAGCCCUCCAUAGAAACUUAUACUGCUCUUCUUGAUGCAUUUAGACGUGCUGGUGAUACCCAAACGCUCAUGAAAAUUUGGAAAAUGAUGAUCAAGGAUAAAAUUGAAGGGACAAGGGUGACAUUUAACAUUAUAUUGGAUGGAUUUGCUAAACAAGGUUGCUAUGUCGAAGCAAGAGAUGUGAUUUGUGAGUUUGGGAAGCUUGGGUUGCAACCAACAGUAAUGACAUACAACAUGUUGAUCAACGCAUAUGCGAGGGGAGGACAAGACUCAAGGUUGCCACAGCUUUUGAAGGAGAUGGCAGCACUUAAUCUAAAACCUGAUUCUAUUACAUAUUCCACAAUGAUAUACGCCUUCAUCCGUGUGCGAGAUUUCAAGAGGGCGUUUUAUUUUCACAAGCAGAUGGUAAAAGACCGGCAAGUGCCUGAUGCUGAAUCAUACGAGAAGCUCCGCGCAAUUCUGGAUGUAAAAGCUGCCAUAAAGAACAGGAAGGAUAAGAGUGCUUUAAUGGGAAUAGUUAGAAGCAGUAUGGGCAUAUUGAAAGAGAAGAAAAAGGGAAAGAAGGAUGAGUUCUGGAAAAAUAGAAAAAAAGGAUCAAGAUUUCAAGGACAGCAAUAGCUAUAUUUUUUUGUCAUUACUUUAUGAUGGUUCAAUGCGUUAGCUUAGUAUGUUUCCUAUUCCUUUUGGUGGUCAUCUUCAAUCCAGCUUGAUUGAGAUGCUCUUUUGUAAAGUUAGAAGACAAUGAAAUUAAAUGCUUUAAGACUUGUGAAAUCUACAUCAGCUAGAGAGUUGAAUUACUGAUAAAGUCUAUCAUUGAAGUUA